AUGGGUUCAAUACAGAAGAGCAGAGUCCUGAUCGUGGGGACCGGCGGAGUUGGCACAAUGGCAGCAUAUGCAUUGGAGACUGGCGGCAAAGCAGACGUGACUGCGAUAUGCCGCUCCAAUUACGACGCAGUGACGAAGAACGGCUUCAGCAUCGACUCGCUCGAGCACGGCAACGGCAUCACUGGUUUCAAGCCAUCGCACAUCCUCAAUGCGGUACCCAAAGUAGCAGAAGAGAAGCUGGAGCCCUUCGAAUAUGUCGUCGUCACAACCAAGAAUAUUCCGGAUGUCAGGCCAAGUGUUUUGGAUAUCAUUUCACCCGCAAUCACCGCAGGAGUCACGACGGUCGUAAUGCUUCAGAAUGGCCUGAACAUCGAGAAGCCCAUCAUGAAGGCGUUCCCGGACAACGUUGUCCUUUCUGGCAUUUCUUUCAUCGGCGCCACAGAGACUUCUCUCGGCGUGAUACGGCACGAUGACAACGAUUCCGUAAAACUUGGACCCUUUCCAGAUCAAGCUGUCUCGCCUGAACGAGCAGAAAAGGCAGCGAAGCGAUUCAUCGAUCUAUACACAGCGUGUGGAAAAGUGGAAUGGGCGUAUGAUGAGGACGUCAAAUUCACUCGUUGGAGGAAGCUAGUUUACAACUCUUCGUACAACUCCGUUGCAGCAGUUCUAGGAAUGGACACGGCUCGAAUGCGAAUGAGCCAGAUUGUCAUCGACGAUCUCGUACGACCGGCGAUGAAAGAAAUCAUCACGAUUGCGAAAGCCGUGGGAGUGGAGUUGCCUGAAGGCAUUGACGACAAAUUGAUACGAACGGAUCCUACAGACACGGCCUUUGUGCCCAGUAUGGGCCAAGAUGCCGCAAAGGGAAACUACAUCGAGAUGGAGAACAUCGUGGGAGAGCCAGUACGAGAAGCGGAGAACGCAGGUGUUUCAGCACCGACGUUGCGAACAAUAUACGGCUUCUUGAGAGGAAUUCAGCUCAAGACGAAGGAGAAGAAGGGGCUUUGGCAGCCCAAAUUUGAGGAUGGAAAUCCAUACGCUUGA